UCACACGCUGUCGUGAACAAAGAGCAGGGUGUAGUGCAGGGGUGUGUUGAAGCUACUGGAACUCUCCUUUUUGUGAACGUAUGAGGCUGUUACAGCUGGGGGCUGAUUCAGUGAUUGUCAGAGCUUAGAGAGGGUCUGUGUGGGGGGUGCCUACACAAAAGAGGUGAGUGGUGCGCAGCAAAGGUAAACAAGGCCUUUAAUCAAUCAGCGGAUGUUUGAAAGCGGGGAAGAGUCUAGAUAAAGCAGGAUGUGAACGGAGGUGGCCUACAGUUCGUAUAGGAGGUUAUAAGUAGAGGAGUUAACUGUGCCAGGAAUACGGAGCAGACCUCAGCUGUUGCACGAGCCCGAUCCAAUCCCAUUUGUCAGACCUCUCCUAUUUCUUCUCAUCUCCUUGUUGCCUCUGCCUGAUCACUACCUUUUUCAUUUUGGAGCAAUGCAUCCUCAGCGUCCUCUUCCUCAGGCCAUGCCCUCGGCCUCUCUGGGACAGCACCUGCGGGACAUAGCCAUGGGCCUGGGACGAGGCAAGAACUUCCUAGGAGGAAACUUUGCCUACAGCUUCAUCCAGUCAGUUAAGGAGUGCCUUUACUUCCUCCUCUGCUGCUGGUGCAUCAAAGAGAUCCUGGACUGACAGACUGAGACAGAGUAGAUCAAGUGGUCAAACAUUGAUUUUCCCUGUUUCUCCGUUGGCUCCUAUAGUGUAAUUUCAGCCAGCUUUUAUUUCAUCAGAAAUGGAGUGUUUGAUCAGCGGUGCUGCCAAAGCGUUGGCAAGUAUGAAUCUUGUCUCAUAUGACAACAACAAUCUACCACAUCAGUACAUAAUGAAUUAAAAUCUUUCUAAUGUAUAUAAUGCAAUUACCUACUAGAAAAGAAGCUCUCAAUUUUGGGAAGAGGCAGUUAUAUUGAGGAAUAGGUUUACAAAAUCAUAAAACUGUUUUUAGCCACUUAAACACACAUUAUUUUUUAUUCCUGUUUUUCAGGGUCUAUAGGAUGCUCCUCUUGGGUUUUCAGGAAACACUCAUUUGCACAUUUCUAGAUGCUACAAAUGUUCAUAGUGGGACUGGUUCAGAGUUUCCUGAGUUCAACCCUGCUGAUCUGAGAUGUUGAGGAGUAGCACCUGAACUGAUGUUCACUGUACAAGACAAACUGGUGUGGCAAUGAAUAAAGGGACUAAUGAAUAGAAACUUA